CCAAACUUACUGUAACCAGAAAACCAUCAUGGCUUCAAUCAUUCACCUUUCCAAACUCCACAUUCUUAUCCUAUUGGUUUUCUGUUCUUGUUUCUUACACAACACAUAUGUAACUUCUGUCACUUUAAGUCUUGAUACAGAUAAACAAACCUUAAUCUACAUGAAAUCUCAAACAAUCACCCAGCCCCCAGAUGCUUUAGCUACAUGGGAUCCAAACACAUCCCCAUGCAACUGGACCCGGGUUUCAUGUGGUGAUCAUGGCCAAAGGGUUGUAGAUGUUGACCUCUCUGGCCUUGGGAUAUCCGGUCCAGUUAAUCCCCAUAUCGGGAACUUGUCUUUUCUAAGAACACUUCAACUCCAAGAAAACCAGUUUCAGGGUAUAAUUCCUGAAGCAAUCACCAAUCUUUUACGCCUACGAAUCCUUAACGUAAGUUUUAAUAGCAUCCAAGGCGCCAUUCCAGCAAACAUAAGCCGUUGCAUGAAGCUAAGGAUUGUUGAUUUCAUGCAAAACAAACUUUCAGGUUCUAUUCCUGAAGAUCUCACUCUACUUGUGAAUCUUCAAAUUCUGAACUUGGCAGGAAACCAUCUUUCUGGUUCAAUUCCACCUUCCAUUGGUAACCUUUCUUCAUUGUUAACUUUGAAAUUGGGAACCAAUACACUUAGUGGCCCGAUUCCUGGAGACUUGUCUCGUCUCGUGAACCUAAAGAAUCUUGAUCUCACCAUUAAUAAUCUUACUGGCAUUGUUCCACCAUCGAUUUACAACAUGUCUUCACUCGAGACUCUAGCGGUGGCUGCUAAUGAUUUGGGGGGUGAUAUACCUUACAACGUUGGGGAUACACUCCCAAAUCUUCAAAUUUUCAACUUUUGCAUUAAUAAAUUCACAGGUACCAUUCCUGGUUCGUUGCACAAUUUAACAAACAUAAGAGGCAUCCGAAUGGCACAUAACAGAUUGCACGGGACAGUACCACCAGGACUUGGUAACCUCCCUGAGUUAGAAAUGUAUAAUAUUGGGUACAAUAACAUUGUAAGCUCGCAAGGUGAAGGUCUUGGUUUUUUAAACUCAUUGGCAAACAGUACAAAGCUUGAUUUCCUAGCCAUUGAUGGUAACGGUUUUGACGGUGCCAUCCCAGAGUUCAUAGGCAAUCUUUCUAAAAAACUUAGAAUGUUGUACAUGGGUUCAAACCAGAUAUUUGGCAUCAUCCCACCCUCCAUUAUGCAACUGCAAGGUUUAGCCUUACUAAAUUUAAGCUUCAACUCCAUUUCCGGUGAAAUUCCUUCCGAAGUAGGCCAGUUGGAAGGCUUACAAGAGCUUGUUCUAGGCAAAAACAGAUUGACUUCUAAUAUCCCAAAUUCAUUGGGUAAUCUUCGGAAGUUAGGAAAAAUUGAUUUAUCAAGCAAUGAAUUGGAAGGAAGCAUACCAACUUGUUUUAAGGCUUUCGAAGGGCUAACUUACAUGGAUUUGUCCAUGAAUAAGCUCAAUGGGAGUAUACCCAGUGAAGUUCUUGAUCUCCCAAGUUUGACCACCAUCCUCAAUCUUUCGAGCAACUCAUUAACCGGCUCUUUGCCUGAAGAUAUAGGGAAUCUAGAAAGAGUGGUGACAAUUGAUCUCUCUAACAAUCGUUUGUCAGGCAAUAUUCCAAACUCGAUUAAAAAAUGUAAGAGCUUGGAGCAACUGAUCAUCUCUGAAAACUCUUUGUCAGGAAAUAUUCCAAAUGGUUUGGGUGAAUUAAAUGGUUUGACAACUCUAGACCUUUCCUCCAAUGAACUCUCUGGUUCAAUCCCUCUUAAUCUUCAAAACUUAAAAGACCUCCAAUUCCUCAACCUCUCUUUCAACAACUUAGAAGGAAAUGUUCCAAGUAAUGGGAUUUUCUUAAAUCUCACCAAAGUUCAUGUUGAAGGUAACCCAAAGCUAUGCUAUGAAUCCAAAUGUAGAAGAAGUGAUACCAACAAACUGGUCAUGAUUUUAGGUGCAGCAACCGCCUCGGUAUUGUUAGUACUUAUAUCAAUCGCUUUGUUCUUUUACUUCCGGAGAACUGCUGCUAAGGCCACAAACACUUCUUCUGAUUCCUACAAGGGCAAACAUUACAUGGUGACAUAUGACCAGCUCCGUACUGCUACUAGGAACUUCCACGAGGACAGCCUGAUAGGACGUGGGAGUUUUGGCUCUGUCUACAAAGGGUGCCUCGACCUUGAAGGACAGCCACAAGAAAUAGCUGUGAAAACGCUCGACAUGGAAACCACCGGCUCUAUACCUAGUUUUUUGGCUGAAUGUGCUGCACUUCGCCAUCUCAGGCAUAGGAAUCUUGUCAAGUUGAUAACGUCCUGCUCUAGUUUGAAUCACAAGAACAACGAAUUUCUUUCACUGGUGUAUGAAUAUAUGAAGAAUGGGAGUUUAGAGAAGUGGAUAGGGAAUGGAAUGAGCUUGAUGGACAGGUUAAACGUAGUGAUUGAUGUAGCGUGCGGGUUGAGUUACCUUCACCAUGAAUCUGUGGUAGCUCCGGUGGUGCACUGCGAUUUAAAGCCAAGUAAUGUUUUGUUGGAUGAAGAUCUGACUGCAAAAAUUGGAGAUUUUGGGCUUGCCAGAAUGUUGAUUGACAAAGAUCAGUCUUUUAGCUCUGCACAUGUUCUUAAAGGUUCCAUGGGUUACAUACCUCCAGAGUACGGUAUGGGAGCAAAACCAUCAACCAAAGGAGAUGUAUACAGUUAUGGCAUUAUGCUAAUAGAGAUUUUCACCGGGAAGAGUCCAACGGACGAGAUGUUCGUUGGUGGUCUAAGCCUUAAGACGUGGGUGCAGUCUGCUUUCCCGGAUAACUUGGAUCAAGUUUUGGAUCCUAAUAUGCAUAAAGAACCAGACGAAUUCUGCUCGGAUAGUGAAUCUAUGAGCUUUAAGGUACAACUUGAUUGUCUGACAACUCUCAUAGGAGUUGCACUUUCGUGCACCAAUGAUUCUCCUGAAGGAAGAACCACCAUCACCGAGGCUCUCCGUAAACUCAAGUGUGUUCGGGAUAUGUUUCAAAAGCACCAUCCAUCAAUCAAAGUCGAGUGCUGAAGAAUCAAGUUAAUUGGAUACCGGAUACUAUCUAGUUAUACUGUUAAAGUUUGUGUGUGUGUAUUGUAUAAUUACUAGCUUUUAAAAGUAAUUAGACUAAAAGUAUAACAUAAAAGUUCUUGAACUUAAGAGUUGGAUUAUUAACUUUUUAGAAUUUGAAUUUAGAUCUUUACAGUUCUUUUUUUAGUAA